AAUAUUUAUCAUGGUACUAUCAAUGCACACUAGAGAGUGAAUAAGCGCAUACCUUGUCCGUGUGUAUAUCAAAUAAUGGCAUGCACAAUGAAUGUCUGAUUAUAUUACGUCGGACUAAGCACACAGCAACACCGUUAAGUGAUAUUUGGCGAUCAUCUUGUCUCGUGUGCCUUAGGAAAGUUAGAUAGCAACGAGCUCUCAUCUCGUACAUAGUAUGAAGUAGCCUCCUUCAUUAGCAAAAAAUCGAUAUAUCUUUGUCUGGAGUUAUAGAAUGAUGGGAUUUCAAGUUAUUGCGUGUGCACACAGUGCCAAAAGACGGCUCAAAACGCGGUCACUAACACGAGUAUGCGAUGGCAUGAAAACUAGUGUGGUUACAGAUGGAGUGCGUAGUAGUGUGUGUUUACGGCCGUAUGGGAUUAGUACACAAUGGGUGCACUAUACACAAAGCUCUAUUGGUCUUAGAAUACAUGGCAAGUUUACUAUAAGUAGGAGUGUACCCAAAAAAUCAUGUUUUUUUGCAAGUGUACGAAAUGGGCGAGCAGAUGUGCCAAAUCCUUGCACCAAUCUUCACAGACACUAUCACUCACCUAUGAGAACCACAGCCAACAGUAGUACAGGAAAUGCCAUGCCAUUGGAGACAGUGUUAAGGUCUUAUACUUUUCCGAACAAUGGAAUGACUCGACCACGAGUGACUGAGCGUAUGAGGU